AUGACGCCCCCGGUCCCCUCACCCUGCGGCCACCUGGGGCAUGGGGCGGUGCUCCUGCCCAGGCACGGAGCCUCUGCGAGCGGAGGCCUACUUCCGUGGUGCCUGCUAUUCACUCCCUCGGGCCGGUGGGCGAAGGACACCCGCAGGAACUCGGCAGAAGAGAAAUUCAGACGGUUCCUGAGGGGCCAGUACUGUGACAUCUGUACGGCUGCGAACAGCAACAGGGCACACCCCGCGAGCAACGCCAUCGAUGGCACAGAGCGCUGGUGGCAGAGCCCACCCCUGUCCCGCGGCCUGGAGUACAACGAGGUCAACGUCACCCUGGACCUGGGCCAGGUCUUCCACGUGGCCUACGUCCUCAUCAAGUUUGCCAACUCACCCCGGCCGGACCUCUGGGUGCUGGAGCGGUCCAUGGACUUCGGCCGCACCUACCAGCCCUGGCAGUUCUUUGCCUCCUCCAAGAGGGACUGUCUGGAGCGGUUUGGGCCACAGACUCUGGAACGCAUCACACGGGACGACGCGGCCAUCUGCACCACCGAGUACUCGCGCAUCGUGCCCCUGGAGAAUGGAGAGAUUGUGGUGUCCCUGGUGAAUGGGCGCCCAGGCGCCAUGAAUUUCUCCUACUCGCCGCUGCUGCGUGAGUUCACCAAGGCCACUAACGUCCGCCUGCGCUUCCUGCGCACCAACACGCUGCUGGGCCACCUCAUGGGGAAGGCACUGCGAGACCCCACAGUCACCCGCCGGUAUUAUUACAGCAUCAAGGACAUCAGCAUCGGAGGCCGCUGUGUCUGCCACGGCCACGCGGAUGCCUGUGAUGCCAAAGACCCCACAGACCCGUUCAGGCUGCAGUGCACCUGCCAGCACAACACCUGCGGGGGCACCUGUGACCGCUGCUGCCCCGGCUUCAACCAGCAGCCGUGGAAGCCUGCGACUGCCAACAGUGCCAAUGAGUGCCAGUCCUGUAACUGCCACGGCCACGCCACCGACUGUUACUACGACCCUGAGGUGGACCAGCGCCGUGCCAGCCAGAGCCUGGAUGGCACCUAUCAGGGCGGGGGUGUCUGUAUCGACUGCCAGCACCACACCACCGGCGUCAACUGUGAGCGCUGCCUGCCAGGCUUCUACCGCUCUCCUGACCACCCGCUUGACUCGCCUCACGUCUGCCGCCGCUGCAACUGCGAGUCCAACUUCACGGAUGGCACCUGCGAGGACCUGACGGGUCGCUGCUACUGCCGGCCCAACUUCUCCGGGGAGCGGUGCGACGUGUGUGCCGAGGGCUUCACGGGCUUCCCAAGUUGCUACCCAACACCCUCAUCCUCCAAUGACACCAGGGAGCAGGUGCUGCCAGCCGGCCAGAUUGUGAAUUGUGACUGCAGUGCGGCAGGGACCCAGGGCAACGCCUGCCGGAAGGACCCGAGAGUGGGACGCUGCGUGUGCAAACCCAACUUCCAAGGCACCCAUUGUGAGCUCUGCGUGCCAGGGUUCUAUGGCCCCGGCUGCCAGCCCUGCCAGUGUUCCAGCCCUGGAGUGGCUGAUGACCGCUGUGACCCUGACACAGGCCGGUGCAGGUGCCGAGAGGGCUUCGAGGGGGCCACAUGUGAUCGCUGUGCCCCUGGCUACUUCCGCUUCCCUCUCUGCCAGUUGUGCGGCUGCAGCCCUGCAGGAACCCUGCCCGAGGGCUGCGACGAGGCCGGCCGCUGCCCAUGCCAGCCUGGGUUUACUGGACCUCAUUGUGACCAGUGCCACCCUGGCUACCACGGUUUCCCCAACUGCCAACCGUGCACCUGCGAUCCCCGGGGAGCCCUGGACCAGCUCUGCGGGGCAGGAGGUUUGUGCCGCUGCCGCCCCGGCUACACAGGCACCGCCUGCCAGGAAUGCAGCCCCGGCUUCCAUGGCUUCCCCAGCUGUGUCCCCUGCCACUGCUCUGCCGAAGGCUCCCUGCACGCAGCCUGCGACCCCCGGAGUGGGCAAUGCAGCUGCCGGCCCCGCGUGAUGGGGCUGCGGUGUGACACAUGUGUGCCAGGUGCCUACAACUUCCCUUACUGCGAAGCUGGCUCUUGCCAUCCUGCUGGUCUGGCUCUGGUGGAUCCUGCCCUUCCUGAGGCACAGGCUCCCUGUGUGUGCCGGGCUAACGUGGAGGGGCCGAGCUGUGACCGCUGCAAACCUGGGUUCUGGGGACUAAGCCCCAGCAACCCCGAGGGCUGCACCCGCUGCAGCUGCGACCCCAGGGGCACGCUGGGUGGAGUUGCUGAGUGCCAGCCAGGCACCGGCCAGUGCUUCUGCAAGCCCCACGUGUGUGGCCAGGCCUGUGCAGCCUGCAGGGACGGCUUCUUUGGACUGGAUCAGGCUGACUAUUUCGGCUGCCGCAGCUGCCGGUGUGACGCUGGCGGUGCCCUGGGGCAGAGCUGUGAACCGAGGACGGGUGCCUGCCGGUGCCGCCCCAACACCCAGGGCCCCACCUGCAGCCGGCCUGUGAGGGACCACUACCUCCCGGACCUGCACCACCUGCGCCUGGAGCUGGAGGAGGCCACCACACCUGAGGGUCACGCUGUGCGCUUUGGCUUCAACCCCCUUGAGUUCGAGAACUUCAGCUGGAGGGGCUACGCGCAAAUGGCACCUGUCCAGCCCAGGAUCGUGGCCAGGCUGAACCUGACCUCCCCCGACCUUUUCUGGCUUGUCUUCCGAUACGUCAACCGGGGGGCCAUGAGUGUGAGCGGGCGGGUCUCUGUGAGAGAGGAGGGCAGGUCGGCCGCCUGCACCAACUGCACAGCGCAGAGCCAGCCCGUGGCCUUCCCGCCCAGCACAGAACCUGCCUUCGUCACUGUGCCCCAGAGGGGCUUCGGAGAGCCCUUCGUGCUGAACCCUGGCACCUGGGCCUUGCUUGUGGAGGCUGAAGGGGUGCUCCUGGACUACGUGGUUCUGCUGCCUAGCGCAUACUACGAGGCGGCACUCCUGCAGCUGCGGGUGACCGAGGCCUGCACGUACCGCCCCUCUACCCAGCAGUCUGGCGACAACUGCCUCCUCUACACACACCUCCCCCUGGAUGGCUUCCCCUCGGCCGCGGGGUUGGAGGCCCUGUGUCGCCAGGACAACAGCCUGCCCCGGCCCUGCCCCACGGAGCAGCUCAGCCCAUCGCACCCACCACUGGUCACCUGCACAGGCAGUGAUGUGGAUGUCCAGCUUCAGGUGGCAGUGCCACAGCCGGGCCGCUACGCCCUGGUGGUGGAGUAUGCCAAUGAGGAUGCCCGCCAGGAGGUGGGUGUGGCCGUGCACACCCCACAGCGGGCGCCCCAGCAGGGGCUGCUCUCCCUGCACCCCUGCCUGUACAGCACCCUGUGCCGGGGCACUGCCCGGGAUACCCAGGACCGCCUGGCCGUCUUCCACCUGGACUCAGAGGCCAGCGUGAGGCUCACAGCUGAGCAGGCACGCUUCUACCUGCACGGGGUCACUCUGGUGCCCAUGGAGGAGUUCAGCCCGGAGUUCGUGGAGCCCCGGGUCCGCUGCAUCAGCAGCCACGGAGCCUUUGGUCCCAGCAGUGCCGCCUGUCUGCCCUCGCGCUUCCCAAAGCCGCCCCAGCCCAUCAUCCUCAGGGACUGCCAGGUGAUCCCGCUGCCGCCUGGCCUCCCGCUGACCCACGCACAGGACCUCACGCCAGCCACGUCCCCAACCGGACCCCAGCCUCGGCCCCCCACCGCGGUGGACCCUGAUGUGGAGCCCACUUUGCUGCGUGAGCCCCAGGCCACCGUGGUCUUCACCACCCAUGUGCCCACGCUGGGCCGCUACGCCUUCCUGCUGCACGGCUACCAGCCAGCCCACCCCACCUUCCCCGUGGAAGUCCUCAUCAACGCCGGCCGCGUGUGGCAGGGCCAUGCCAACGCCAGCUUCUGUCCACAUGGCUAUGGCUGCCGCACCCUGGUGGUGUGUGAGGGCCAGGCCCUGCUGGACGUGACCCACAGCGAGCUCACUGUGACUGUGCGUGUGCCCGAGGGCCGCUGGCUCUGGCUGGAUUAUGUCCUCGUGGUCCCUGAGAACGUCUACAGCUUUGGCUACCUCCGGGAGGAGCCCCUGGACAAAUCCUAUGACUUCAUCAGCCACUGUGCAGCCCAGGGCUACCACAUCAGCCCCGGCAGCUCAUCCCUGUUCUGCCGAAAUGCUGCUGCCUCCCUCUCCCUCUUCUAUAACAACGGAGCCCGGCCAUGUGGCUGCCACGAAGUAGGUGCUACAGGCCCCACGUGUGAGCCCUUCGGGGGCCAGUGUCCCUGCCGUGCCCACGUCAUUGGCCGUGACUGCUCCCGCUGCGCCACCGGAUACUGGGGCUUCCCCAGCUGCAGGCCCUGUGACUGCGGCGCCCGCCUCUGUGACGAGCUCACGGGCCAGUGCAUCUGCCCACCACGCACCGUCCCGCCCGAGUGCCUGCUGUGCCAGCCCCAGACCUUUGGCUGCCACCCCCUGGUCGGCUGUGAGGAGUGUAACUGCUCAGGGCCCGGUGUCCAGGAGCUCACAGACCCUACCUGUGACACAGACAGCGGCCAGUGCAAGUGCAGACCCAACGUGACCGGGCGCCGCUGUGAUACCUGCUCUCCGGGCUUCCAUGGCUACCCCCACUGCCGCCCGUGUGACUGUCACGAGGCAGGCACUGCGCCUGGUGUGUGUGACCCCCUCACAGGACAGUGCUACUGUAAGGAGAAUGUGCAGGGCCCCAGAUGUGACCAGUGCAGCCUUGGGACCUUCUCCCUGGAUGCUGCCAACCCCAAAGGUUGCACCCGCUGCUUCUGUUUUGGGGCCACGGAGCGCUGCCGGAGCUCGUCCUACACCCGCCAGGAGUUCGUGGACAUGGAGGGCUGGGUGCUGCUGAGCACUGACCGGCAGGUAGUGCCCCACGAGCGGCGGCCAGGGACGGAGAUGCUCCGUGCAGACCUGCGGCACGUGCCCGAGGCAGUGCCUGAGGCCUUCCCCGAGCUGUACUGGCAGGCCCCACCCUCCUACCUGGGGGACCGGGUGUCAUCCUACGGUGGGACCCUCCGUUAUGAACUGCACUCGGAGACCCAGCGGGGAGACGUCUUUGUCCCCACGGAGAGCAGGCCGGAUGUGGUGCUGCAGGGCAACCAGAUGAGCAUCACAUUCCUGGAGCCGGCAUACCCCAUGCCCGGCCACAUUCACCGUGGGCAGCUGCAGCUGGUGGAGGGGAACUUCCGGCACACGGAGACUCGCAACACUGUGUCCCGUGAGGAGCUCAUGAUGGUGCUUGCCAGCCUGGAGCAGCUGCAGAUCCGUGCCCUCUUCUCGCAGAUCUCCUCGGCUGUCUCCCUGCGCAGGGUGGCACUGGAGGUGGCCAGCCCAGCAGGCCAGGGUACCCUGGCCAGCAAUGUGGAGCUGUGCCUGUGCCCCGCUAGCUACCGGGGGGACUCAUGCCAGGAAUGUGCCCCCGGCUUCUAUCGGGACGUCAAAGGUCUCUUCCUGGGCCGAUGUGUCCCUUGUCAGUGCCACGGACACUCAGACCGCUGCCUCCCUGGCUCUGGCAUCUGUGUGGACUGCCAGCACAACACCGAAGGAGCUCAAUGUGAGCGCUGCCAGGCUGGCUUUGUGAGCAGCAGGGAGGACCCCAGUGCCCCCUGUGUCAGCUGCCCCUGCCCCCUCUCAGUGCCUUCCAACAACUUUGCCGAGGGCUGUGUCCUGCGAGGUGGCCGCACCCAGUGCCUCUGCAAACCUGGUUAUGCAGGCGCCUCCUGUGAGCGGUGUGCGCCCGGCUUCUUCGGGAACCCACUGGUGCUGGGCAGCUCCUGCCAGCCUUGUGACUGCAGCGGCAAUGGUGACCCCAACCUGCUCUUCAGCGACUGCGACCCCCUGACGGGUGCCUGCCGUGGCUGCCUGCGCCACACCACUGGGCCACGCUGCGAGAUCUGUGCCCCCGGCUUCUAUGGCAACGCGCUGCUGCCCGGCAACUGCACCCGGUGCGACUGUGCCCCAUGUGGGACAGAGGCCUGCAACCCCCAUAGCGGGCAAUGCCUGUGCAAGGCGGGUGUGACUGGGCGGCGCUGUGACCGUUGUCAGGAGGGACAUUUUGGCUUCGAAGGCUGCGGGGGCUGCCGCCCGUGUGCUUGUGGACCGGCCGCCGAGGGCUCCGAGUGCCACCCCCAGAGCGGACAGUGCCACUGCCGACCAGGGACCAUGGGACCCCAAUGCCGCGAGUGUGCCCCUGGCUACUGGGGGCUCCCUGAGCAGGGCUGCAGGCGCUGCCAGUGCCCUGGGGGCCGCUGUGACCCUCACACGGGCCGCUGCACCUGCCCCCCAGGGCUCAGUGGGGAGCGCUGUGACACCUGCAGCCAGCAGCAUCAGGUGCCUGUUCCAGGUGGGCCUGGGGACCACAGCGUCCACUGUGAAGUGUGUGACCACUGUGUGGUCCUGCUCCUGGACGACCUGGAACGGGCCGGCACCCUCCUCCCCGCCAUCCAUGAGCAACUGCGUGGCAUCAAUGCCAGCUCUGUGGCCUGGGCCCGUCUGCACAGGCUGAACGCCUCCAUCACUGACCUGCAGAGCCAGCUCCGGAGCCCCCUGGGCCCCCGCCACGAGACGGCACAGCAGCUGGAGGUGCUGGAGCAGCAAAGCACAAGCCUUGGGCAGGAUGCACAGCAGCUGGACAGCCAGGCAGGAGGGCCACCCAGGUGCACUCAGGUUCUGGGCCGCUGGCCUGCCACGGGUGGCGGGGCUGGGGUCUUAGGCUUGGAAGCCAGCAGGCAGGUGCACUAGUACGGGUGGCCCCAGGCUCUGACGACCCCCUGCCCCACAGAGCUCAUGUCCCAGACCGGCCACCUGGGGCUGGCCAAUGCCUCGGCUCUGUCAGGCGAGCAGCUGCGCCGGACGCUGGCCGAGCAAAGGAAGCAGGAGCUGUCCCGGGACAAUGCCACCCUGAAGGCCACUCUGCAUGCAGCUAGUGACACCCUGGCCAGCGUCUUCAGAUUGCUGCACAGCCUGGACCAGGCCAAGGAGGAGCUAGAGCGCCUCGCCGCCAGCCUGGACGGGGCUCGGACCCCACUGCUGCAGAGGAUGCAGACCUUCUCCCCAGCGGGCAGCAAGCUGCGUCUGGUGGAGGCCGCCGAGGCCCAUGCACAGCAGCUGGACCAGCUGGCGCUCAACCUGUCCAGCAUCAUCCUGGACAUCAACCAGGACCGCCUUACCCAGAGGGCCAUCGAGGCCUCCAGCGCUUACAGCCGCAUCCUGCAGGCCGUGCAGGCUGCCGAGGACGCCGCUGACCAGGCCCUGCAGCAGGCAGACCACACGUGGGCGACAGUGGUGCGGCAGGGCCUGGUGGACCUAGCCCGGCAGCUCCUGGCAAACAGCAGUGCACUGGAGGAGGCCGUGCUCCGGGAGCAGCGGAGGCUGGGCCUCGUGUGGGCUGCCCUCCAGGGUGCCGGGACCCAGCUCCGAGACGUCCGGGCCAAGAAGGACCAACUGGAGGUGCGCAUCCAGGCGGCGCAGACCAUGCUUGCUAUGGACACAGACGAGACAAGCAAGAAGAUCGCACACGCCAAGGCUGUGGCCGCUGAAGCCCAGGACAUGGCUGCCCGUGUGCAGUCGCAGCUGCAGGCCAUGCAGGAGAACGUGGAGCGGUGGCAGGGCCAGUAUGAGGGCCUGCGGGGCCAGGACCUGGGCCAGGCGGUGCUCGACGCAGGCCGCUCAGUGUCCAGCCUGGAGAAGACGCUGCCCCAGCUGCUGGCCAAGCUGAGUGUCCUGGAGAACCGUGGGGCGCACAACGCCAGCCUGGUCCUGUCCGCCAGCAUCGGCCGUGUGCGGCAGCUUAUUGCCCAGGCCCGGGGGGCUGCCAGCAAGGUCAAGGUGCCCAUGAAGUUCAACGGGCGCUCAGGGGUGCAGCUGCGCACCCCACGGGAUCUUGCCGACCUUGCUGCCUACACUGCCCUCAAGUUCUACCUGCAGGGCCCAGAGCCUGAGCCUGGGCAGGGUACCGAGGAUCACUUUGUGAUGUACAUGGGCAGCCGCCAGGCCACUGGGGACUACAUGGGUGUGUCUCUGCGUGACAAGAAGGUGCACUGGGUGUAUCGGCUGGGCGAGGCGGGCCCUGCAGUCCUAAGCAUUGACGAGGACAUUGGGGAGCAGUUUGCAGCUGUCAGCCUGGACAGGACUCUCCAGUUUGGCCACAUGUCUGUCACAGUGGAGAGACAGAUGAUCCAGGAAACCAAGGGUGACACGGUGGCCCCUGGGGCAGAGGGGCUGCUCAACCUGCGGCCAGACGACUUUGUCUUCUAUGUCGGGGGUUACCCCAGUACCUUCACGCCGCCUCCCCUGCUUCGCUUCCCUGGCUACCGGGGCUGCAUCGAGAUGGACACGCUGAACGAGGAGGUGGUCAGCCUCUACAACUUCGAGGGGACCUUCCAGCUGGACACGGCUGUGGACAGGCCUUGUGCCCGCUCCAAGUCCACCGGGGACCCGUGGCUCACAGACGGCUCCUACCUGGAUGGCACCGGUUUUGCCCGCAUCAGCUUCGAUGGUCAGAUCAGCACCACCAAGCGCUUUGAACAGGAGCUGCGACUCGUAUCCUACAGUGGGGUCCUCUUCUUCCUGAAGCAGCAGAGCCAGUUCCUGUGCUUGGCCGUGCGAGAAGGCAGCCUUGUGCUGCUGUAUGACUUUGGCGCUGGCCUGAAAGAGGCUGUCCCGCUGCAGACCCCACCGCCCCUGACCUCGGCCAGCAAGGCGAUCCAGGUGUUCCUGCUGGGGGGCAGCCGCAAGCGUGUGCUGGUGCGUGUGGAGCGGGCCACGGUGUUCAGCGUGGAGCAGGACAAUGCUCUGGAACUGGCCGACGCCUACUACCUGGGGGGCGCGCCGCCCGACCAGCUGCCCCCGAGCCUGCGACGGCUCUUCCCCAUGGGAGGCUCAGUCCGUGGCUGCGUCAAAGGGAUCAAGGCCUUGGGCAAGUAUGUGGACCUCAAGCGGCUGAACACGACAGGCGUGAGCGCCGGCUGCACCGCUGACCUGCUGGUGGGGCGUGCUAUGACUUUCCACGGCCACGGCUUCCUUCACCUGGCGCUCUCGAAUGUGGCGCCCCUCACUGGCGACGUCUACUCCGGCUUUGGCUUCCACAGUGCCCAGGACAGUGCCCUGCUCUACUACCGGGCAUCCCCGGAUGGGCCAUGCCAGGUGUCCCUGCGGCAGGGCCGUGUGACCCUACAGCUCCUGAGAACUGAAGUGAUAGCUGAGGGGGGCUUCGCCGAUGGCGCCCCCCAUUACGUCGCCUUCUACAGCAAUGCCACAGGGGUCUGGCUCUAUGUCGACGACCAGCUCCAGCAGAUGAAGCCCCACCGGGGACCACCCCCAGUGCCCCAGCCGCAGCCUGAGGGGCCCCCGAGUCUCCUCCUGGGAGGCCUGCCUGAGCCUGACACCUUUCACUUCAGUGGCUGCAUAAGCAACAUCUUCGUGCAGCGGCUCCUGGGCCCACAGCGCGUAUUCGACCUGCAGCAGAACCUGGGCAGCGUGAACGUGAGCACGGGCUGUGCACCCACCCUGCAAGCCCAGACCCUGGACCUGGGGCCUAGAGGACUGCGGACCACCGCCCGGAAGGCUUCCCGCCGCAGUCGUCAGCCCACCCAGGAUCCCGCCUGCAUGCUGCCCGCACACCUCAGGACCACCCGAGACACCUACCAGUUUGGGGGUUCCCUGUCCAGUCACCUGGAGUUUGUGGGCAUCCUGGCCCCACAUAGAAACUGGCCCAGCCUCUCCAUGCGCGUCCUCCCGCGAAGCCCCCGAGGCCUCCUGCUCUUCGCUGCGAGCCUGAGGCCCAGCAGCCCCUCCCUGGCACUCUUCCUGAGCAAUGGACACUUCGUCGCACAGAUGGAAGGCCUUGGGACUCGGCUCCGCGCCCAGAGCCGCCAGCGCUCCUGGCCUGGCCACUGGCACAAGGUCUCCGUGCACUGGGAGAAGAACCGGAUCCUGCUGGUGACGGACGGGGCCCGGGCCUGGAGCCAGGAGGGGCCACGCUGGCAGCACCAGGGGGCAGAGCACCCCCAGCCCCACACCCUCUUUGUGGGGGGCCUCCCGGCCAGCAACCACAGCUCCAAACUUCCGGUGACCGUCGGGUUCAGCGGCUGUGUGAAGAGACUGAGGCUGCACGGGAGGCCCCUGGGGGCCCCCACACGGAUGGCAGGGGUCACACCCUGCAUCUCGGGCCCCCUGGAGGCGGGCCUGUUCUUCCCAGGCAGCGGGGGAGUUAUCACUUUAGACCUCCCAGGAGCUACACUGCCUGACGUGGGCCUGGAACUGGAGGUGCGGCCCCUGGCAGUCACCGGCCUGAUCUUCCACUUGGGCCAGGCCCGGACACCCCCCUAUUUGCAGCUGCAGGUGACUGAGAAGCAAGUCCUGCUGCGGGCGGACGAUGGAGCAGGGGAGUUCUCCACAUCAGUGACCCGCCCCUCAGUGCUGUGUGACGGCCAGUGGCACCGGCUGGCAGUGAUGAAAGGCGGGAACGUGCUCCGGCUAGAGGUGGACGCACAGAGCAACCACACCGUGGGCUCCUCGCUGGCGGCUGCGGCUGGUGCCCCAGCCCCUCUGCACCUCGGGGGCCUGCCUGAGCCCACGGCCAUGCAGCCCUGGCCCCCCGCCUACCGUGGCUGCAUGAGGCGGCUGACAGUGAACCGGGCCCCCGUCACCAUAACUCGCUCUGCAGAGGUCCACGGGGCAGUGGGGGCCAGUGGCUGCCCAGCCGCCUAGGGCACUGCCAACCCUGGCCUCUGGUUAGGCCCUUGCAGGUGACUCCUCUCACUGCCCUUUGUGCUCACCUCAUAGGUGUUUAUUGGGAUUCUAGGCUCUAUGGGUGACAGAUCUUGUUUCCGGAGAUGGUUUAAAUUAUAUCUUUUUAAAUGAAAGAAUAAAAUACUGCAAAACGUUUUUAUACUUGGCCCUUCCACCUAUUUUUAAUUGUGAGAGAUUUGUAAUCACUAGUUCCUCCUUAAACAUUAAAAAGUAACUUCUGUGUAA